UCUUUGGUCCGAGUUGACAGAAUUCCAUAUUAUUAACUGCUGCUCUAGUCUGUUGUCAAGGUAAACAUCCGACCAUCGCCGCGAAAAUAUAUCUGUGAAGUAGUUGUUUAUUUUUACCAUUACAAUGAGUGUAAGAACGUACAACCCUUCGGUUCGUGUAGGUAACUGGAAUGAAGAUAUACAGCUAGAAGAGGAUACACUGAAAGAUUUUCUAGAAAGGAGAGAAAAGGGUGAACUACUUUACCAGAAAAGAUCACAACUUCAACAGACAUUAUUUGACAGACUUCAACUCAGUAUAUCUAGGGAUGGAUUGGUUCACUUUGGUGAUAAAGUAAAUCUACGUUGUCCAGGUGCUCGUGAUAAAACCAAAUUUUUUGCUCAUGUUGAACCAAGGGCAGAUUGCCAGUUAGCAGUUUCCCCUGCAAUACAGAAAAUUCUAGAAGCCAAAAAAAUAGAGGGACCAUGCAAUACAGCAGGAUCAAAAGAAUUGGGGGCAAAUCUCAGAAACACAUUUGUUAUUACAAGUGCUGAUGGUACACCAUGUGGACAGCCAUUACGAUAUGGACAGAAGUUUUUCUUGUGUACAUUAGAUAAUGAGGGAGGGAGUUUGUUCUUAUCAAGUGAUAGAGCCACAACUGGCAAAUCAGCUCCAAGAUCCAGACAUCAAGAUGUCACAUAUGUGCCCGAGCCAUCCUUCCUUACAGAGUUCCAAAUUUUACACUUUAAUCCACAGUUACGGUUAGAAUAUGAGGGAAUCGCUGUGCCUGCUAACACCAAAAUAAUUUUCAACCACAAAUAUACUAAUCAGAAUUUAGCUGUUGAAGAGGACUUUUGUAUGAGAACUCCAUUUGGAACACGAGAGUAUGAAAUAUCAUGCAACACCUUCUUAGAUUCUCAUCGUGCAGAUAAAGAAGUCAACCAUUGGAUGAUCAUGAUGGGAGUGCCUGGUGAUGAAAUUUAUCCAGUUAUUAAUAAUGAAGCCACACAAUCUACUACUGCCUCAUAGAUUUGAAAUUUAUAUUUUGGAGUUUAAUUUGAAGUUGUGAAUUACAAAACUUUAAAAACUGUUAACAGCAAUAUGUAUAAUGUGUCUAAGAGGAAAAGUAUGUUUUUGGCAGUGCUGAAUUUUUAUACAUUAAUAUACAGUAACCAGUAUUAGAGAUAUUACAUUGAUCAUGGUUUUCUAAACAGAUACCAAAGAAAAAAAGUUCAGCUGAUGGCUGGCUGUUGUAUUUCUUUUAAGAUAUUUAUUUUUUUAUUUGUAUUAUAAGUAUAGUUUAUUUACCAUUGCCAAGAGAUAGCAUAUUUAUGUGCAAGGUUUAGCAUUAUGUGAUAUUUAUGCACAAAGCUUUAAUAGUAUUAAUGGAUAUUUUUAAACAAAGAUUAGCAUUAUGUGAUAUUUAUGAACAAAGCAUAGCAUUAAGUGAUAUUUAUGCACAAAGUUUAGCAUAAUACAUGAUAUUUAUGCACUUAAAGUGAAGUACAUGUAUUACAAGAGGCUUUGUUUUAUUUGAUAAUUCCUAAAUAGUAUUAAUUAAAACAGCAUUUUUUUCUAGCUUUUAUAUUUGUAAGUUAUAAAACCAGUAGCUUUAAAUCAAAAUAUGUAUUCCCAUGAUAGUAUUAUUCCAACAACGAGUAGCAUAGUAAGGUUUUAAGGUCAUAUACCUUGGUUUUUGCACAUUUUAUCUCGAUAUAUAUUUAUGCACACAAAAGUUCAGCAUUACACAAUAGUUAUGCAUAUAAAACUAUAAUAUUAUAAGAGCUACAAAUUUCUCCACCGGACAUAUGAUAUAUAUUGCUUUAACUAUAAAUGUGGUUUAUAGCUUUUAUAGUGUUUAAAAAUCAAAUGAUGAAUUGCUUUUUCAAAUCUAUUGUAAUUAGCAACUGCUAUCAAAACAACAUGAUUAUGCAAAUGUCACUUGAAUAUCAAUAGACAUGUACUACAAAUAUUUAUUAUUAAAUUUUUACAUACAA